GCCGGUCUCUCCUGCCACGGCUAGAGCCGCUAGACUACAAACACGAGCUGGUUAUUCAAAGAGAGAGAGAGAGAGAGAGAGAGAGAGAGAGAGAGUACCAAAUAUGGCGCAAUCAAACACUCUUCGCCAUCCACCCCACCAAUCCUUCCUCCUCAGAAACAACCGGAAUCUGACGCAUUAUAAUGUCAAACUCCGGAGACAAUCAGUCUCGGCCACGGCGGAGCUACAUCAGUCGCGUCCACCGCCGCCUGCAGGUCAGUCCAUUAAGAGCUCAUUGACACCGGAGAAGGAGGAGGUCCUCAAGUCGCUUAGCGGGUGGGUCGGGGAAACGAUCCUUCCACUACUAAAACCAGUGGAGAAAAUUUGGCAGCCGCAGGAUUUCUUACCCGACUCCUCCUUAUCGUCCGAUUCAUUCCUGGAGCAGGUAAGGGAGCUACGUGAUCGUACGUCAGAAUUGCCCGACGACUAUUUGGUUGUGUUGGUGGGUGACAUGGUCACCGAAGAGGCUGUGCCCACGUACCAGUCUUUUAUUAACCGACAUAACGGGGUUAAGGACGAGACCGGAGCGAGCCUCGACCCAUGGGCUCUCUGGAUCCGUGGUUGGACCGCAGAAGAAGAUCGACAUGGCGUCCUGCUCAGAUCAUACCUGUAUCUUUCCGGACGCGUCGAUAUGCGUAUGAUCGAGCGUACUGUUCAUUAUCUUAUUGCCAAUGGCAUGGACACAGGAACUGAGAACAAUGCGUACUUGGGAAUGGCGUACGUGGCCUUCCAGGAGCGCGCAACAUACAUGUCGCAUGGCAACACAGCCCGGUUGGCGAAGGAGCAUGGAGAUCCUGUGUUGGCACGCAUAUGCGGUACAAUCGCAUCAGACGAGAAGCGGCAUGAGAAGGCGUACGUAAAGAUGGUAGAGAAACUACUAGAGGUGGACCCCUCUUAUACCGUUGUGGGGAUUGCUGAGAUGAUGCGCAAGAAGAUCAUCAUGCCUUCGAAUUUGAUGUACGAUGGCCAAGACCCGUCUCUCUUUGAACACUUCAGUGCCGUCGCACAGAAGAUUGGUGUAUACACAGUCUCAGACUAUGCAGACAUAAUAGAGUUUUUGAUUGGGCAGUGGAAGCUAGAUAAACUAGAGGGCCUCAACAGCGAAGCUUGCGAAGCCCAAGAUUUCCUCUGUGGGCUGCCACCCAAGGUCCGAAGGCUACACGAAAUAGCUGAAAAGCGGUCCCGUAAAAAGGGUCCACAGAACUUGGGCUUCAGUUGGAUCUUCAACAAGGAAGUUACUCUCUAGAGUUCUAAACUAUUUAUCUUUUAUCCCAAAAAAAUAAAAGAGAGUUUUAUAUUCGUGAGUGUCAAUAGGAGUGCAAACAUAAAAGCAUCAAUCGAGAUAAGAUUUUCAUCUUUUAUAGGGGAUGAGGUGAUCAUUCACUCCAUACUGUAUGUGAGUGUCAAUGACUCAUAAGAGACUUUUUUUUUGGGAUAGAAUAAGAGAUUACUUACCAUAGAUAGGCUCUGUUUGGAUUUUGGAGUGGUUUUUUCUAGUGCUUUGGGUCAGAGUGGGGUAAGUUGGGAAGUGCCUCCAUUGUAUAUGUUUCCAUUUGGUAUGUUUGAUUAAUAAAAUUCCUAUAAAGUAAUUUAAUUUA